GUCCGCGGUGCUGAAACUGUGACGUCACGGUGCGGUUCGUCACGCGUCAUCGCUGGCAGAUACAAGCUAAUUUUCCAGGCAAGGGGUCUCCAUCAGAAGGAGGCUGUGAAGACUGCGAGCAGCGGAGAGAGGCAGCUGUUUUAAAAGUCCUUACAUCCACUGGUGAACCGUGGAUCUGUUUCACACGGUGAACUGUUGAAAUAAAGGAGACAAAAUGUCUGAUUUUGACAGCAACCCAUUUGCAGACCCGGACUUCAGCAACCCUUUCCAGGAUCCUUCAGUGACACAAGUGACCAGGUCUGCUCCUCCUGGAGGUCUGGAGGAGUACAACCCCUUCACAGAUACCAGAACGGGAGGCCUUGGAGAUGCUGCCAAAUCUACUCCAGCCCCCUCCCAGAACACACAGCCCGCCAUCAUGAAUCCCACAGAAGAGCCGCCGGCUUAUUCACAGCCGAGGAAUCAGGAUCAAGCCCGUGCUCAGGCUGAGCUGCUUAGAAGACAGGAGGAGUUGGAGAAGAAAGCAGCGGAGCUUGACCGUUGGGAAAGAGAGUUACAGUCCCACGGAGCUGCAGGUCGUAAGAACAACUGGCCUCCACUACCACAGAAGUUUCCUGUUGGCCCAUGUUUCUACCACGAUAUUGCUGUGGACAUCCCUAUAGAGUUCCAGAAGACAGUCAAGAUCAUGUACAAUCUCUGGAUAUUUCAUGCAGGAACUCUCUUUGUGAAUAUGUUUGGCUGCCUAUCCUGGUUCUUUGUGGAUGCAACUCAUGGUGUAGACUUUGGUCUGGCCAUUUUAUGGUUUUUGCUUUUUACCCCCUGUUCCUUUGUCUGCUGGUAUAGACCACUUUAUGGGGCGUUUAGGAGCGACAGUUCAUUCCGCUUCUUCGUCUUCUUCUUUGUCUACAUCUGCCAGUUUGGCGUUCAUGUUCUACAAGCUAUUGGCAUCUCUGGAUGGGGAACAUGUGGCUGGAUUGCAGCUUUAACCGGUCUGAACACUAGUAUCCCAGUGGGCAUCAUUAUGCUGCUGAUUGCCGCUCUGUUCACUGCACUGUCUGUGGGCUCGCUCAUCAUGUUCAAAAAGGUACACGCACUCUACCGUACCACUGGUGCUAGCUUUGAGAAAGCCCAGCAGGAGUUCGCGACUGGAGUCAUGUCCAACAAGACGGUGCAGACUGCGGCCGCUAACGCUGCAGCCAGUGCUGCAACCAAUGCUGCUCGUGGAGCCUUUAAACCUCAUCCCUGAAUCAACACACACACAAAUACACACGUUCACACACAUACACACACAUAUUCUGAAAAGAUAUCAGAUGUAAGGCUUUGACCUUGUUCCUCAGAUCAAAUUGAUUUCAUUUCUGAAUGUCGCCCUGUUCACCGUGUAUUUCAAUGUAGCAAGACUAACAGACAUCAAACCCACAGCUGUUCACCCACUAUCAUUUAGAAACACAUCCAAUUGGUCCGCUUUACAGUCAGGUGACCUCGGCUCACUCCCAUUGACAUGUCCAUAAAGUUACUCCAGGUAUUCUCAGACGGUCUGAGAUAGUACUUCUUUCACGCAUCAUCACGAUCUCCAUUCGUCUGUCAGGUUGCGUUGAUCCUCAAUUUGGCCGCGAUCGUAUUUCAGGCAUAAAUCUUUUUGCUUACAGACAUAAAAAUACUUGAUAAUCUGAUGAUGGUGUUUGCACAUAAUACUGUUGUCAUGGUCACCUACUGGAAAUUCAGUGUGCGUUUGAUUGGCUGUGACCCUGUAUGAAGCUGUACUUUAAGAUAAUUGUAACUCUUUUUUUUUUUUUUUAACACUCCUGUGCUUGAUCGUGGAGACGCUAAAGGUGAAUUUGACCUUAUCUGCUGUUGUCAAGAUGGUUAAACUGACAACUCACAAAUAGGAUUGUCUAAAUGUUCUUAUUACAGGACAGACCUGCAGCCACCAUCCUCAGCCUUUAAGCCACACUAGCUGGUUGAACUGCUCUCUCCCUCCCUCUGUGUGCUUCUGUGAGUUUUGGUGAAGUGGCCUCGGUCGACAUCACUGUAACAUACUGAGGUGUGAAAGCAUGAAAAGGAACACGCAUGUUCAGCUCACUCACGGCAGACGUGGUUCUGCCCACGGUGUCUGCUUUUAUUCAGGGCAUUAGGAGUGAAGACAUUUUCUUUCUGUCUGUUAUUCAUUAAUUCAUGAGCCAUGCAAUACUGCAUGUGUCGGCGGGCGGUGUGCCAGGUGUGAUUAUGCAGGUCAGUAGGUCGCCGCGUUUCACCCAAAAACGUAAAAUGAUUUUCAUAGCAGCAUAAAUAGCGGCUCGCGCACAGUUGUUGUUGAGCCUAAGAGCCGAUUGGCCAAGUCCUCCUGCUGUCACAAUUUCUCACAACAGACCUACACACACACACACACACACCAUAAACGAUUAAAGACUAAUGAGAGUCGACCUGUGUUUGUUCACUGAAGACUACCUGGACUGUGAAAAGUCUUCAGAUUAUCUGAUAAUUAGCGUAUUGUUUUUGUUCACUAACGUUAAAUUUUGUUGAUAUGUUUCAUCUCGUGCGAGAGUUCCGUAGCCAAAA